AAGGGGUACAAGUGGUAAUUUGAAGAUGUAAGGAGGGUAAUAUCGAGAAAGAAAGAAAGGAAGCGGGUACUAAAAGGUCAAGAUCUCGAAAUCGUGCCUGUUGUGGCAGUGUUUUGGAGUCUUUCAUUAUCUCAGUCCGAAAACCUUCUUAGCUCGCAGGGCUCUUUCUCUUCUCUUCUGUUCAACGUUAUCCGUUUCUCGCUUUUUCCUCCCAAAGCAAGCCAAGAUUUUUCUGCAGGAAAAAAAAAAAACCCUAAGUAAUUUGGCGAGGAAAUGUCGGGGAAAGGAGCAAAAGGGUUGAUUACGGCUGGCAAAUCGACCAAGGACAAAGACAAGGACAAGAAGAAACCCAUCUCUCGCUCUUCUCGUGCUGGUCUCCAGUUUCCUGUGGGUCGUGUCCACCGGCUGCUGAAGACAAGGGUUAAUGCAAAUGGAAGGGUUGGAGCAACUGCUGCUGUGUACACAGCUGCCAUACUGGAGUACCUGACUGCAGAAGUGCUAGAACUGGCAGGUAAUGCUAGCAAGGAUUUGAAGGUUAAGCGUAUUACACCUAGGCAUUUGCAGCUUGCUAUCCGGGGUGAUGAAGAAUUAGACACCUUGAUCAAGGGAACCAUAGCUGGCGGUGGUGUUAUCCCGCACAUUCACAAAUCACUUAUCAACAAAUCCUCCAAGGAGUAGCUUAUGUAAUUGAUCUCCGUUCGUUAGUCUUUACCCAUAAACCUCAGAAAAAUGUUUGAGGCCUGUUUGUUUCUGGACAAGGUGGAUACUUGUUUUGUCUAGUAGCUAAUUAUGGAAAUUCAGAAUUUGAAUUAGAAAGAUGAAUUGAUGGAUUAUUAGUCCAAA